AUGGCGUCCGCAGGGGCGAUAUGGGGUCCAGCGACCCUUCGCCUGCUGCGUGUCGCUGCCGCCAAAACCACAAAGUUGGUCCGCGCCAAGCUGGUGGACGCGACCAGGCCUCUUCAGGGCCAGGUUCAGCAUAUCCCCAUCCGCAGCGGCCACACCGGGCGGCAGCCCAUUCAUCCAGCAGCGCUCUUGAGACAGCAGAAACGAGGCGUGAGGUGGUUUUCUGGCGGUGCGACCAAGAGCAUCAACAAUGUGUUGCGGAGGUUCAUCAGCUCCGAGCGAAGCGCCUCCGCGCCACGAUUCGAUCGAUCCAAGCUACCGUCUUCAAACACGUCGCGACGGGUCGCACAAUUCUCCGGACGGGCUCCCUUUGCGAGCACCCUGCGACCGAACCUGACAGGAGGAGCCAUGCCUCGCACGGCCGGCGGCUACAGCCUCGGCGGCGGCGCUCGGUACUUCUCUCACACGCCGGCGGCGCCGGCCCAGGUUGUCCAAAACGUGUCGCAGGCCAUGCGGGCCUUCUUUCUCUCAGGCCAGAAGCUCCGAUACGACGGUCUUGGUCCGCACGGUGAGCGCAAGUACCGCGCCGUCUCCACGCUUGAGGACGACGCCAUGCGCAAGCUUUCCGACAUUCCUCGCUCCGCUCUGGGUUCCUUCAUCGACUUCCAGCUCAGCCCCAAGAUCACGGCUCUCAGCCCCCUUGCUGCCGCCCUCGCGUGCGCAUCCGAGACCUCUGGAUUCCAUGCCGAGGCGGCUCAGGCCAGUAUCAACACCGAGGGCUUCCUCGACAUCCUGUCUGCCGACUUUGGUCGAGCUUUGAAGGAUUUGACUGCUGUAUAUGCAGAUUUGCGGCGGCUCUCGGUGUUGGGAGACCUGCCCAUCGUUCUCGAGAAGAGCGACACCCUCCGUGUUCGGUUCCCCGGCGUCGAUGCGGCCACGGUUGAACGACUCUGCGACGACAUCGGGAUCCAACGUGGAGUCGUCAGCCAGGAUCCAGGCUUCGACUUGGCGGUCGGUGUCCCCAUGGCACUUAGAUUUCCGUUCGCUCCCGACGCCGAAAAGACGUUGACGUCUCCUGGCGGAUCGGCACGGUCACUGGAGGGCCACGAGCUGGACGAGAUGUCGUCUCUCGAGGACGACUCCUUUGUGCGAGAUGCCUUUGCCGGGAAUUGGAGAACCCGUGGAUAUCGGAGCCAGAAGGCUACGAGAGCAUGUCACCGCCCAUGA